AUGGAAGGAGCAAAUGAAAAGCUGCUGCAUCUCACUUUUGAAGAAGCAGAAAGGACAGAGUCAUCUGAAAAUGCAGAUAACAGCAGUGUUCAAUCAAGUAAAUUUAUACUUUGGCUUCAGAUAUUUAUCUUCACAUUCUUUAUUCUUGGUGGCCAAGCAGUUGGCACUCUGUUGGGUAGAGUAUACUAUGAACAAGGUGGCAAAAGCAGAUGGAUUGCUACAUUAGCACAAACUGCUGGAUUCUCAAUUCUCCUGCCUUUCAUUUGCUAUCCUUCAACCAAAAAUCACAAUGAACAAGACCUAAUCAUUCACCAGCCUUCUAUAUUUGUUCGCGCUUCGGUUUACAUCUUCCUUGGUUUAUUUCAAGUAGCAAACUCUAUGUCAUUUACAGUUGGAGUACAAUACCUUCCGGCCUCAACUUAUUCUCUAAUUUCCGGUACUCAAUUGGCGUUCAACGCGAUCACCUCCUUCCUCCUCAACGGACAAAAAAUCACAGCAAUUAUACUCAACUCCAUCGUGCUUCUCUCCUUUUCAUCCUCUGCUGUUAUUUUCCAGAAUGAGACAGAUGAUAGCGGAGAAAUAUCUCAGAAAUCUCUGCUAAUCGGAUUUACAGUUACUACAUUCGGGUCCUUAGGUUACGCUUUACAGUUCUCAUUAACAGAACUCGCUUUCCAAAAGGUAUUCAAAAGUAGCACGUUAAAAGAAGUCCUGCAAAUGUCCUUUUUCAUCGGGUUUUUCACGACGAUUGCUUCGUUAACUGGGCUUUUCGCGAGCGGUAAUUGGAGGGAUUUGGAGAAGGAAAUGGGAGAAUACAGAACAGGUAAAUCGUCAUAUGUUAUAAACUUGGUUUGUUCUGCUAUUGCUUGGCAAUUAUACGCUCUUGGAUCAUUUGGAUUGGUUUUUAAGGCAUCUUCUUUGUUCUCUAAUGUGAUCAUCAACUUUGGAGGUUCAAUUGUGCCAAUUUUUGCAAUGGUGUUCUUGAAAGAUAGAAUUACUGGGUUGAAGGUAUUGUCAUUGUUAUUGGGAUUAUGGGGAUAUACAUCAUAUAUCUAUCAACAUUAUCUGGAUGAUUUAGAGGCAAAAACAAGGGUAAUUAUUGCCUCAGAUAAUCAGGAUGAUGAUUUUUAGUAAGCAUUUCACUUAAGAAACUUUGUAAUUCAGAUGGAUAAGUUCAAUAUGUAACGUUAUAGCUUAUUAUUCAAUCGUGUUAAUAUAUUGGAUUUGCCUUCUGGCUAUG